AUGGACAUUUCCAUGCCGCCUCAAUUGGAUAGCGACGAAAAGAAGAGCAAUACCCAUGAAGUUGUUGUCAACAAUGAUUCUAAAGAGAAGACGAAAAAUCUGCAGAACAUGAAGGGACCGGGAAGCCAAGAAAAUGAUGUAAAUGAGAUGACGACUGUUGAGGACUCAGACGAGUCGCAGACUCAACAAUAUGCUACACCACGAGAGCUGGCUCUUCUAUCAACAGUCUUCACCAUUGCAACCUUCAUGAUAGCCAUAGAUGGCAGUAUACUUGCGACGGCAAUCCCCAAGAUAACCAGCGAUUUCCAUCGGCUCAACGACGUGCCGUGGUACGGAAGUGCGUAUCUCUUCACAGAAAUGGCAUUCCAGCCUACGUUUGGUCGCUUGUACACUUUGUUCAAUGCCAGAGUUCUUUAUCUGACCUCCGUCAUCAUUUUCGAGGCAGGCUCGAUUCUCUGCGCUGCCUCGCCAAACUCUGCAGCAUUGAUCACGGGGAGAGUCAUAUCUGGUAUAGGGGCCGCUGGCCUGCUUUGCGGCAGUCUGUCAGUCUACGGAAGGUCAGUUCCUUUGCGAGCUAGACCGUUCGGAAUGGCCCUGGUCACGAGUAUGUACGGCGUCGCAGGAGUUCUGGGACCGACUCUCGGAGGACUCAUUACCGAUACGCCUCGUCUCACCUGGAGAUUUUCAUUUGGUGCCGUGACAUUUGGAAUCGCGUACAAGAUUUUGAGAGCGAGGACACCGAUACACGGUCAACUCCCGUUGCGUCAAAAGCUGAAGAAGCUCGAUCUGCUUGGCGGGUUUCUUCUCAUUGUCGGCCUAAUCAGUUUGUUUUUUGCUCUUCAAUGGGGCGGGACUAAAUACCCUUGGUCUGACCCUAGGGUUUACGCCUGCCUUGUGGUGUUUGGUAUUUUCAUCACAGCCUUCGGGGUGUUGCAGUCGAGAAAGAAAGAAGAAGCUACCAUCCCCAUGCGGAUCCUCUCUCAGCGAACCGUGGCCAUCAGCUGCACCUUCAACAUGCUCAUGUCCAUGGCACAUAAUACUCACAUGUACUAUCUUGCGUUCUACUUCCAGGCAGUCCUGGGCACAAACGCGGUGACGUCGGGUGUUCGCUGCCUCGCAUACGGAAUACCAUGCAGUAUCGCCAUCAUCGUCACAGGGGCAUGUGUCAGCUCAAAAGGCUACUACGUCCCCUUCAUGUGGCUCGGAUCCAGCGUCUUCAUCGCCGGGUGCGUGCUCCUCCAGAGACUCGACAGAGAAUCGUCGAUGGGGCAGUGGAUCGGCUUUCAAAUCCUCAGCGGAGCGGGCAUCGGGCUCGCGGAACAGGUCCCCUUCAUUGCGGUACAGGUUGUCCUUCCCGACAGCGACAUGCCGACAGCGUGUGCCAUGGUCGUAUUCCACCGCUUGUUAGGUGGUGCAGUGGGACUUAGCGUCGCUUCUAACCUCUUCUCUCAGGAGCUCUACCGUCGGCUUGCGGGAGUGCCAGGAGGUGUCAACGUCGAAGCGAUACAAGAUGCUGGUGCAUCUGACCUAGCGAAGGCGGUUCCCGCGGCUGUUUUACCGUUCGUGCAAAAGGCGUUCAGUUAUGCUAUCUCUAGGGCUUUCAUCUUACCCGUUGUCGUGGCGGGUACCUCCUUGAUACUCAGCUUCGGCAUGCAGAGACGAUGGAUUCCUGACGAUCGGGUGAAACCAGGUCAGGAGGCCAACACUGGCGACGAAGCUGCCACUGCGCCGUUAGAUCAGACAAGGGAUGAGAAGACAGUGUAG